CGGGGCUGGCUCCGGGAGGUCCGAAGCAGGAUGGAGCAGUGAGCUGAGUUUGGUGGCUGCCGGCAGCGCCAUGGAGACGGUGCAGCUGAGGAACCCGCCGCGCCGGCAGCUGAAAAAGUUGGACGAAGAUAGUUUAACCAAACAACCAGAAGAAGUGUUUGAUGUUUUAGAGAAACUUGGAGAAGGGUCCUAUGGCAGUGUAUACAAAGCUAUUCAUAAAGAGACGGGUCAGAUUGUUGCUAUUAAACAAGUUCCAGUGGAAUCAGACCUGCAGGAGAUAAUCAAAGAAAUCUCUAUCAUGCAACAAUGUGACAGCCCUCAUGUAGUCAAAUAUUAUGGCAGUUAUUUUAAGAACACGGAUUUGUGGAUCGUUAUGGAGUACUGUGGGGCUGGUUCUGUAUCUGACAUCAUUCGAUUACGAAAUAAGACGUUAACAGAAGAUGAAAUUUCUACAAUAUUACAGUCAACUCUUAAGGGCCUGGAGUACCUUCAUUUUAUGAGAAAAAUACACCGAGAUAUCAAAGCAGGAAAUAUUUUGCUAAAUACAGAAGGACAUGCAAAACUUGCAGAUUUUGGAGUAGCAGGCCAGCUUACAGAUACAAUGGCCAAGCGGAAUACCGUGAUAGGAACACCAUUUUGGAUGGCCCCUGAAGUGAUUCAGGAAAUUGGGUACAACUGUGUGGCAGACAUCUGGUCUCUGGGAAUAACUGCCAUAGAAAUGGCUGAAGGAAAGCCCCCAUAUGCCGAUAUCCAUCCAAUGAGGGCAAUCUUCAUGAUUCCUACAAACCCUCCUCCCACAUUCCGCAAGCCAGAACUAUGGUCAGAUAACUUCAUGGAUUUUGUGAAGCAGUGUCUUGUAAAAAGCCCUGAGCAGAGAGCCACAGCCACUCAGCUCCUACAGCACCCAUUUGUAAAGAGUGCCAAAGGAGUGUCGAUAUUACGAGACUUAAUUAAUGAAGCCAUGGAUGUGAAACUGAAACGCCAGGAAGCCCAGCAGCGGGAAGUGGACCAGGAUGAUGAAGAAAACUCAGAGGAGGAUGAAAUGGAUUCUGGCACGAUGGUCCGAGCAGCAGGUGAUGAGAUGGGGACUGUCCGAGUAGCCAGCACCAUGAGUGAUGGAGCCAAUACCAUGAUUGAGCACGAUGACACAUUGCCAUCACAGCUGGGCACCAUGGUGAUCAACGCAGAGGAUGAGGAAGAGGAAGGGACUAUGAAAAGAAGGGAUGAAACCAUGCAGCCUGCAAAACCAUCUUUCCUUGAAUACUUUGAGCAAAAGGAAAAGGAAAAUCAGAUCAACAGCUUUGGCAAGAGUAUACCUGGCCCGCUGAAAAAUUCUUCGGAGUGGAAAAUACCACAGGAUGGAGACUAUGAGUUUCUUAAGAGUUGGACAGUGGAAGACCUUCAGAAGAGGCUCUUGGCCCUUGAUCCCAUGAUGGAACAGGAAAUUGAAGAGAUCCGGCAGAAGUACCAGUCCAAGCGGCAGCCAAUCCUGGAUGCCAUUGAAGCUAAGAAGAGGCGACAACAAAACUUCUGAGGGAGGCUGGGCCCAGGUGGCUGACUCUAGAUCACAUGUCUCAUGUUUGUUAGCCAGCAUCUGCUCUGUCAUUUCUCCACAGCACCUUUGUGAACUCAGGAACAUGCGCCACUGGAGGGGCUACUUGUGUUAUCUUGAUGUGAGUAUUUCCACUGGCCAGAUUUACUAUUUCAAGAGAUUUGUAUGGGCGCUUUUAACUCAGAGUUUUAAAUCCCAGGAACGGAGACUCCUAGUUGAGUCUAGCUGGGAAAGUUUUACAUUAUCUUUUUGGAUUUCUUUUCCCAAUAGCUUUUGGUUGUUCUUUCUGAAGACUUUUAAAAAAAUAUAAAUAUGCGUAUAUAUAAAUUAUAAAUAGAUUCCCACUCCAUGUGGUGGCAUCUCUGUACAGGUACAGUUUUGAACAUUUUUGCCUCUUUCUGUAAGCUUAUGGUACUGUGGAACAAGAGGACAGAGGGAGGCUCAUAAGGAGUCACUGGACUGCAGGAGCCAACCUCACCUUUGCAAGGCCGCAUUGAAAAAGUAGGACCCGGACAGUCCUCUCACAUUUUCAGCUUUGUGUGGUCCUCACUGACUUCUGGAGCUGUCAGUGAUGCACAGGGAAAGCCUUGAGGAUUUGCAUUUGCUCUUGGAGUCCCAGGGGAAGCCUCUUUGCAAAUUGGCCUUUGUUGUUUCAACGUCUUCAUCUAUCUCCACUCUCCUAACUGCCUAAAGUCACAUCCCAGAUACUGCCUAGUGCCUUAAGAGGAGACCAUGAUCCAACAAAGGGACAGGCCUACCAGGAGCUCUCAGCAAACACAGGGCUGUGCUCCAUUAGCAGAAGGGGAAGGGUUUUUGAAGCUCUCAUCGUUUCCUGUGCAAAUCACGCAUGUGUCAUUUCACUCUGCAUUCCUUACAGACAGGGUAGAGGGCAUUGCUUCUGUGACCCACAUUCAGAUAUGUGACCAUUUUCUUCUUCAUUUACUGUGUGGGGGGCGGGGAGGGGAGGGGCAUGGUCUGGAAAGGAUAAAUGAAUACCAGACUAAGAUUUAUUAUCCAGGAGCUCAAUCAAGGACACACAGUGCCAGAGCUUGAAGGACCAUAGAGAUCAUCCCGUCUGACUCCAUGUUGUGCAGAUGGGAAAGCUGAGGCUUAAGAAGGGAAGUUACCUGGGGAAUAGCGCAAAUCAACUUAGAGGAAGAACAGAGAUUGGAACUUGGGGCUCUUCUCCUUGGUCUCUGAACUGAGCAGCCGUUUCCUGAGGGGUGGGAUCUGUGUCUGUUUUGGUCAUGUUGUCCCAGGGAGCACUGCUCACAGAGACUAAACUCUGGCCUUGCCUCUUUAGCAGCAGACCUGGCUGUGAUUUUCCUGAGGAGCCACACUGUUCAGUGUCAGCAAGUCCAUGAGCCUCUGCAGUUUCUGUAGAUGCACACCAACCCCCAUGGAGGCACAUUUAGGCUCGAAGCAGAGGAGAGGCUUUGCAAAAGAGCCGUCUUCCUGCAACUUUGGCUGAAAGCCUCCUUUAGUCACACAGCAGAAAGACAAUUGAGAAAGACAAAUGUCUUUUUAUUUUCUUCUAAUGUCUUUUCCCUCAGAUGGGAAGCCAUGAUUGAGUAGCACCAGAGGAUGCUGUAACUUGACUCCAUAAUUGCUCUCACUCCCUAGCCCUCAGAAUCAGUGUGAAGGCAGGGAUGUUCCUCUGUGUGACAAGAUUCUUUUCUUUGCAAUUACAGCAAGUUUUUAACAAUGCAAGAUACAACUGGUCUCCGAUGCUUGGCCUAAAGAAAAUAGAGGACAAUCUGAAGAUCUUGUAAGAGCAGCAGCUGGCAUUUGCUGACCAUGGGUUAUAUUCAGGCAAUAAGCUAGGUGGGCUCCAAAUUUUAUAGUAGUCCUGAAGGGGACAAUUUAUUUCCUCAGCAGUACAACCAGGAAGUCAUAGAAUUAGGAUUCACAGCAUCCUUGUGUGGGGCCAGUAUUUACAGGAAAAGGAAACUCAUAUAUCUUUUUAAACGAAGUGCCCAUCUUUUCUCACAAACUAACUCUAAAUUGAAUUUUUAGGUGGAAAACAACUAAACCAAGAGUCAACUGUAACAGCCAAUUAAGUUUUAAAAGCCAAAGCAUGAGAAUGCACACCAUUUGUGCGUGCGUGCACAUGUGUGCAUGCGCACAUGCACAUGUGUGUUAAUAGUUCUGUCUCAGUCUCUUUCCCUUUUAAGCAAAUAAAACUUUGUCCUUGGCCCAGUAGAAAGGAUGGGCCCAUUUCUCCUUUCCUAAGCAAGAUCCAAGUCAAGGAAAGCUGUUUUUCCCGUAAGUACUCUUAGGCCAUGAACUUUGAUUUGGAGUUAAUUUUAUUUCAAGCAUGUAUGCACCCUACAGGCUGAUCUAGCAGAGUCUGCUGCUCAUCAGUCCGGCUCAACAGAGCUUUUUGGCCAACAGUCAGUUUGUUUUGGUUCAGAUAGUUUUCCUGGCAAGGUGUAUUUAUUUUCUAGAGACAGAAAGGCAAGAAAAGAAAAUCAUAGUCAUUGUUUCCUUGAAUGCUGCAUUCAGGAUACUUGAGCUUGCCUUCAUUGAGCUUGAGUAUUUGUGACUUAAGCUUCCAAGGAACUCUAUGGCUCUAUGCUUCUGAGAAACCAUGACCUAAUUGCAUCUUUUGAAAAAUUGUACUCUAAAACAUUUUGACUGCCUUCCUCCUAGAGACCUGAAUUUCUGUUUUUUAUUUUUCCUGUAUUCUUUUUCCCAACCACCAAUUGGGAUAAUGAGAUUUUGGUUGGGAGUGAGGAGAAGUGGUUGAAUGAUGGUAGGUAGAUAGGUAGGUAGGUAGGUAGGUAGGUAGGUAGGUAGGUAGGUAGAUAGAUAGAUAGAUAGAUAGAUAGAUAGAUAGAUAGAUAGAUAGAUAGAUAGAUAGAUAGAUAGAUAGAUUGAGCAGUUUAAAGCAGUUUAAAAAAUUAUAACCUUGACUCUUUAAGACUAUAGGUUCCAAACCAGGAAACACUUAACACCUACCAGAUGCCAAAACUUAUUUAUAUCAUUUAAAACUCAAUAACCCCAAUAACAGGAAUGAUAGAAAUGAGGUGACAUCACUAUAGAUCCUAAAGAUCCUAUAGCUAUUAAAAGGCUAAUAACAGAAUAUUAUGUACAACUAUAUGCUAAUAAACCCAACAACCUAAAUAAAGUAGAUACAUUCCUGGAAAUAUACCAAAGUUUAGAAGAAAAAAGAGCUCUGAGAAAAAAAAAGGGGGGCAUUACUGUCUGCCUUUUACAGAUGAGAAAACUGAGGCUCAGAGAGGUAGUCUUACUCAAAGUCAUAGUACUAGAAUAUAACUUAAGAGUCGGAAUUCAAAUCCUGGUACUUCUGGUGUCCUUUCUAACAUUCCAUGUUGCCUCCAAAGACUGAAGCUCCUUAUUAGGGGGAAAUUGCUCCUGCCCAGCCCCACCUGCCCACCUUUCAGCACCACAUUGAUGUCAUGACUGUAUUCAUUGUCUUUGGAAUCCACAUUUUUAUGUUUGAAAAAAGAAAUUUCUACCAGCUUGCACUCGGACCAACUU